GCUGAAGGGAAGGCAGUGCUAAUAACAGGCUGUGACAAAGGUUUUGGACACGCCUUGGCAAAACAGCUUCACGCAAAGGGAUUUACUGUUUUUGCUGGAUGCUUGCUUGUGGAUGAGAAUGGAGAUGGAGCCAGGGAGCUGAAGAACAUGAAGUCAGAUCGCAUGAAAGUGCUACAGAUGGAUGUGUGCAGUGACCAGGAGGUGGCUCAGGCUGUGGAUUUUGUGAAGGGGACCCUGAAGGAGCCAGAGGAAGGUCUGUGGGGUCUGGUGAACAAUGCUGGCGUCUCGACCUUCGGAGAGGUGGAAUUUGCAAGUUUAGACAACUACAAGAAGGUGGCAGAGAUCAACCUGUGGGGUACCGUGAGGGUGACGAAGGCUUUCCUGCCCCUUAUUCGCAGAGCUAAAGGCCGUGUGGUGAAUAUCACAAGCAUGUUGGGACGGAUGGUGAGUCCAUCUCGCUCCUGCUAUUGCAUCUCCAAGUUUGGGGUGGCAGCCUUCUCUGACUGCCUCCGGCAGGAGAUGUACCGCUGGGGUGUCAGAGUCAUCCUCAUUGAGCCCAGUAACUUUGUGGCAGCAACAGGCAUCCUGACGGCAGACGGCAUCGACAAACAGGCUGAGGCACUGUGGAGCGGAGCCAGCAACACUGUGCGAGAGGACUAUGGGAGGGAGUAUUUCACUCGCCAUGUGGCCCUGAUGAAAUCCUUCGUUAACAGUGGCCUGAAAGACAUGUCUCUGGUCUUGAAUGACAUCAUCGAUGCCCUCACUUCGCCGUGCCCAAACAAUCGUUACAAUCCCAUGGAGACCUACUGGUGGGUUAGGCUACAAGUCAUGACUCACCUGCCCACUGCCAUUGCUGACUGGCUUUACAUCCCCGGAGCCACCCUGUAA